AAAGUGACUGGUGACGUUCGACGAUGACCAAAUGAAAAUUGCAGGUUAACGUCUUGUUAAUUUUUUAUAUUUUCGUUUUUGGCCCCUGGGACCUAAUUUUUUCAAUAUUGAAAGGCCAAUGGUGUUAGUUUAGGGCUGAAAAUGGGCACGUGUAGCGAAUACAUUAAGAAUAUUUUCCCGUCUAUCGAUGACGAUCUUAAGAAAUAUGUGGAAGGGGUUUUAGAGAACAGUGCAGACGAAUUUGAGGACAGUGAAGAAAUUUAUGAUGCUAUUGGGGCUGUGUUACAUGAAGUUUCCUCGGAUAAAACUGAAGAAGAUAUCAAGAGCGUAUGCGAUGACCUCCUGAAAAUGCUGCGGCCAGACAAAGAUGCCAAAAGUAACGGAGGCAGCCUGAAAAUCCUCGACGGCCCUAUACACCUGGGAUCGAUGGCUGAAAACCAAGAAAAUAACGUGGAGGAGAUUAAAAGUAUUUGGGUGCAAGCGAGGGAUGAUUCUUUGAAAGUGGAUGCCAAGAAACUGGAAAAGGCGCAGGCCAAACUGCAAGAGAAACAGGAAAAGAGAGGAAAAGAAAUCCGGGUUGUGGCCCCACCGAAGCUGCAAACUGCCACCGCUUCGCAAGUUAUUAAUAAGAAGGAGAGUAAACUGGAGGCCAAAGGGAACAAUAGGGCCCAAGACAUUCGGAUAGAGAACUUUGAUGUUGCUUAUGGCGACAGAGUUUUAUUGCAAGGGGCCGACUUAACGUUGGCCUUCGGCCGACGAUACGGCCUAGUAGGCAGAAACGGCCUGGGCAAAAGUACCAUGUUAAACAUGAUUUCCUCGGGGAAUUUAAAAAUACCUUCGCACAUAUCCAUUUUGCAUGUGGAACAAGAGGUUAUCGGGGAUGACACUUUAGCCAUAGACAGCGUUUUAGAGUGCGACACCGUUAGGCAAAACCUGUUAGAAAAGGAGAAAGAAAUUAGUAAAGCCAUUAAUGAAGGUUCUACAGAUCCGGAUCUAAACACGCAAUUGUCUGAGGUUUACGCGCAAUUGCAAAACAUUGAGGCCGAUAAGGCGCCUGCAAAGGCCUCGAUCAUUUUGGCCGGUUUAGGGUUUACCACUCAAAUGCAACAGAACCCCACUAAGACGUUUUCCGGCGGGUGGAGGAUGAGAUUGGCAUUGGCAAGAGCAUUAUUUUCCAGACCAGACUUACUACUGCUGGACGAGCCCACCAACAUGUUGGACAUCAAGGCCAUUAUUUGGCUGGAAAACUACCUGCAAAACUGGCCGAACACGUUACUGGUGGUGUCCCACGACCGGAACUUCUUGGACACGGUGCCGACCGACAUUCUCCAUUUGCACUCGCAACGAAUCGAAUCGUACCGGGGCAACUACGAGCAAUUCGAGAAAACGAAAACGGAGAAACUGAAGAACCAACAGAGGGAGUACGAGGCGCAGCUGCAACAGAGACAGCACGUGCAAGAGUUCAUCGAUAGGUUUAGGUUUAAUGCCAAUAGGGCGGCUCUGGUGCAGUCGAAAAUUAAAAUGUUGGAAAAAAUGCCCGAAUUGAAGCCGAUAGCGAAAGAAACCGAAGUGGUGCUGCGGUUACCGGAAACCGAGCCCCUGUCCCCGCCGAUUUUGCAACUGAGCGAGGUGACGUUCAGGUACAAUAAAGACAAAGUGAUCUUUUCCGAUGUGAACAUCGGGGCCACCAUGGAGUCGAGAAUUUGCAUCGUGGGCGAUAACGGUGCGGGAAAAACCACCCUAUUGAAGAUCAUCAUGGGCAUCCUGAGUCCGUCGGCCGGCACCAGGCACGUGCACCGAAACUUAAAGUUCGGUUAUUUCAGUCAGCACCACGUGGACCAACUGGAUAUGAACGUCAAUUCGGUGGAACUGUUGCAGCAGCAAUAUCCAGGUAAACCGAUAGAAGAGUACAGAAGACAAUUGGGCAGUUUCGGCGUGUCGGGCGACUUGGCCCUGCAGACCGUCUCCAGUUUGUCCGGGGGUCAAAAGUCCCGAGUGGCGUUCGCGAGCAUGUGCAUGGGCAGACCGAACUUCCUCGUACUCGACGAACCGACCAAUCAUUUGGACAUCGAAACUAUCGAGGCGUUAGGGAAGGCCAUCAAUAAAUAUACGGGUGGCGUGAUACUGGUUUCCCACGACGAACGUUUAAUCCGCAUGGUGACGACCGAAUUAUGGCACUGCAGCAACGGCACAGUGAAGAGUAUAGAGGGCGGAUUCGACGAAUAUAGGAAAAUCGUAGAACAGGAACUGGAAGCUGUUCAGGCCAAAUAAAUGGUAUUUAUAUAUUUUUAAUUAAUUUUAUAAAGUGAGCAUUACAUAACAGGAUUAAAACCAAACCAAUUAAAAAAUAAUAAUUUUUAUUAAAACACACUGUGAUCCGACAACAAACCAGAGAAAGUCGCGCCUAACAGCUCGUUUAUUUAUCCUUGUUUUGUAGCGCGCCAGAUGUAUUUAUUUGCCUUUUUUUUUUUGUAAUUGAAUACGUUGAUGUUAUGUAUAAAACCGAAUAAACAAUUUCAAAGCAGUAA